UUUCCUUCAGAUCACAUGAUCGAGCAGGUCAGGCGGAACCGUGACGUCACCGGCCGCUUGUGGUUGGCUGUUAUGGGACGUCACGUCACGCGGUGGGCGGGGUUGGCAUGGAGUUGCUGUCCGGGCUGCUGUCAGCUCUCCGCGGGGGAUCCAAGGGACGGACCCGGGUCAUGGAGGAGCGCGCCCUGGAAGUAUAUAAUCCGGAGUAUUCGGGAUCCGGAGAAGCCGAGCACAUUAGAAGACCUCGAGGUUGUGUCAGAGAGUUGUGUAACGGUAGAGGAGCUGGAUGAUGAAUGUUUCCUGGUGAUCAUCAAGUUCACACCAACUGUGCCGCAUUGCUCCCUGGCCACACUUAUUGGUCUGUGCCUGAGAGUCAAGCUGCAGAGGUGCUUAUCAUUCAAGCACAAGCUGGAGAUCUAUAUUUCCGAAGGGACGCACUCAACAGAGGAGGAUAUUAAUAAACAGAUAAACGAUAAGGAACGAGUCUCGGCAGCAAUGGAAAACCCAAAUCUGCGAGAGAUAGUGGAGCAGUGUGUUACUGAACCAGAUUAGCUGGAGGAGUCCACCUUGAGGGGUACAUGAAGAUCUGGAACAAAGGACAUGGACAAUGAGAUCUCUCCAUGGAGACAGAAUCAUUGGACGUGCAAUAUCCGGGCAAUUAUUCAUUUGCUCACUCGUGGACUGUAGCCUCGCUGGUCUCUGGGAUGCCAUGUUUUUAUAUGACCAGAUGCCACACUCCAUUAUGCUGGAGCCUCUAUCCAUGGACUAGUAAAUGGCCGGCAUACCUAAUAAAGUGGUAAGGAAGUAGUACAUUAUGAGCCUGGAGACCCGACUCUACACUGUGCGGACACAAAUCAGAAAUAAAUCUGUUUUACA